AUGGAACUUCUAGGAGCCUUAGAGACAAUACGCAAUGCAUCUGAUGCCAGUCUUCACUCGCACGCAGAACAGACCAUUCUGACUCUCCAGAGAAUCAGUCAACGUCUUCGGAAUUUAAGUCCAGGUUUCCAGGCGACUCCUCUGGACCCAGGAAGUGUACCAUCUCCUCCACAGUCACCCCGGAAUUUUCAAUUUGUGGAGACGGCAACACCUAGGGAGCAAGCGGGCGGGUCAGGUCCAACGCCCCCUCAACCUCUUCAGGCGGCUGGGUUUGGAGAUUAUAACACAUUUCCCGGAGAACCCCCGAGCGAACCUUAUCCUCAAUAUUCACCACAAUCUUUCCAAGCUGCUGAAACGACGACACUUGGAGACGAGGCCGUCUUAGCAUCUCCACAAACGCCUCACGUUCAUGGCUUAGAAGUACCUCUUACCCUCCCGGCCGCCCAGUCUAUACCAGCUAGAGACUCUUCCGGAAGCGCACAACCGGGAUCAAUCCGUGCUUCCCCAGACCAUAUCAUCCAACUGCUGAAAUGUGUCAAAAAGUCCACACGCCUGAUUUGGGAACAAGCCCUUCGAGAUUCAUCAAGUGACCUACUGUCUCGAAAGCGAAACUCUGGAGAGGACGCUCGAUUAGCGCAUAUAAGGUGUAUAGAAGGAGAUAAAUCACUUGGGAACAAGGAAAAGCUUCUGAGGGUUCUUGCACUUAGAUCGAUAGCUCUAGAGUUCACAAAAAAGCAGCAAGAUGAUGGAGUCUCCCCAACAAGGCUGCAUGAGCUUUACCAGCAUACCUUACCUCCAAAAGUUCCAAACUCUUCUCGCGCCAGUAUCUUCAAUAUUGGCAAUAAGGAUUUCCUAGCGAAAUCCUUAGCAGCUGGUCUCAAGUACAUGGUCUUUGAGAAGGUCAUUGCCGCCCACUGCCACGACGAACAGAAUCUGGCAAGCAUAUGCGCUGCAAUUUCCGCCAUUGUUGGACUGAAUAUAGAUCAAUUUCGGAGAUUUCGUUAUGAUGAAAUGCGGUGCUUUGCACAAAAGCUCAUAUCAGACGACAAAUAUAUCCAGCUUUCGGAUCAGAAGAUGCGUCUGCUCGACGCUGUACGAAGCCUAAGCCCUUGGUUUAAUGAAGUACAAAAUGAUUAUAAUUUGAUCUUCCAGAGUCCGGUUUCGGGGAUGGAAUCGAGCAGACGAAAGUACCCACGGACAGAUCUCGACAGUACCCCUGAUAUUAUGGACAAUUUCAUCGAGUGUCCUAUCUCUAUUCCGCAAGAUUCCGUCCCCUUAGACUUGGGGUUCGAAAAUACGGAUAUCCCUCGCAACGGAGUCGACACUCAGAGUCUAGAUGUUGUUACCGAGGAUGAGUUUGCGGACCAAUUCUAUGAACAGAUUUCAAACCAACCCAUUGAUGUAUCUGGGAUUAUGGAUGAUAUUGCCAACAGAUCAUAUUUUGAUUUUGAACAUAUUGCACUAUACAAUGUUGCUAUCACCUCACCUGAAACUGCAGGUAUCUCCACAGGGUGA